AUGAGGAUUACUGUCCUCAGGCAACUCGGUCAAUCUCUCGCAUCAGGACCGUUCCACGGUAUCACAUCAGCAGCAGCGCCACGCUUCAGCACAAUGGCAGUCACCUACGCCGCCGCCGUCAGCACGCCCAACGGUGGGGUCCGACAGCCUCAAAUCCAAGCCCGAGCCUGUUCAGACCCGGAUCUACGCGCAUCCUUUGAGGCAGCGCAAACGCAGCAGCAAGAGCAGACCAAGAAACCCCAACGACCUGGAGCCGGCAUCCGCGCAAAGACGAGUGUCCGCGGCUGGAGCACCAAGAAAGAAGGAAAAACUAGCCCAAAGCAAGCUAACAAUGAACCCUAUGUUGUGGAAGAAAGUCGGCCUUCAGGUCACUACCCUAGGCAGGAGCAUAGGCCGAACACGGCGAGCCAAGAUGAACAGGUCUACGUCCUUACGCUCAAACUUACAGACUCCCUGGCUAAACCCAUGGACGAGAUGCGGAAUCGGUAUUUUCCGAAGCACUUGAAUCGCACUGGGGCGCAUUUGACGCUCUUUCAUGCGUUGCCACAUUCGCAUAUGGAUGCGCUGGAGCAGGGGCUCUCGCAGACGGCGACCAGUAUGAAGCCGUUUGACGUAUCAACGGGCAAACCGUUCCGGAUGCGCAAGGGCGUUGGCAUCAACGUGGAUGAAGGGUACAAGAAGAUGAAAGACGUGCAUGGAGAUUUGCAGUCACAGUGGUCCGCCUUCCUCAGUGAGCAGGACGCAGGUGGUUUCCGACCUCAUUGGACGGUCAUGAACAAAGUCGAUGACGAGCAAAAGGUUGACGGGGCCUUUGCGACGAUCAGACAGGAGUUGAGCGAGAGCAACCAGGAGGGGAGAGCUGUGGGACUGGACCUGUGGAGGUAUGAGCGCGGGAACUGGAUCUUCGCCCGGGAGUAUGUGUUUGGCGAUGCUUCUGUCAAGACACCGACCAAGGCGCACACGUCGCCGACGGGGGGUAACAGAACCUCGCACAUGUCUCUUUCUCCAGAGGACCGGAGCCCUACAGGUGGGCCAGGCAAGAGACCGGGUAUGUUUAAGCGGGGCAGUAGCGUAGGCGACGCCCUGAGGUCGAUGAGCUUCCGCAAGCGGAGUUGA